CUUUCUUGAUGAUCUCUCUCGUCUAUGUGAAGCAAGACUGCUGUGUAAUUUCUAAUGAGCAUCUCUCUCCCUUUCACGUCGCCAAACAAACUGUUGUGGUACUUAUUAUACUUGAAGAACAAGAAUAGAUUUUUGAAUUGCUCGCCGUCCUCGUUUCUCAAAAUGAAGAAGAUAUCUCCAUAUGGGCUCGCUCACGUGGAGAGCUGGCUUACUGCGGAGGGCCAUGGCCCCCAAAUCCGGUGGGACGAUAAGGCAGCCGGCAUUCGGCAGGUUUCAUGCGGGAACUACAGUCUGCAGUACUAUCCAAAAACUCAAGGCCUUGUUUUCUCCGGGGCUGCCGCAGCCGCAGCACAAGCCCGGUUUCUUGCCUUCGUCACUAGAGGAACGCAGGCUGCAGGAAUCAAGACGAACUCCCUGGGAAGUGAAGUCGGAGGAGGAGGCAGAGCUCCGUCAAGUUCUGGAAUCGCAACUGCUGUCGUCAGCAAAGGCGCAAUCUCGUCUGGGGUUGUGGGCAAAUCUACUCAACAGCCGAGUGGUGACUUACCAAGUACAGUUGGGUCUGUGGUGUCAGCGUCAAGGAACUUGAAACGGGCAAACAGUUCCUCACCAACUGCGGAGCAGGAGGGAGAGAGUGCAAAACGGCGGAAAACUAGUGCGCUGGUUUCACAGCCAUCGGGAAGGCAGCGUGUUCUUGAACGGAAAAACGAUACUGGUGGAGGGAAGUAUUACGACUUGUACAUAUAUUUUGACGGCUCGUGUACGGGGAAUGAGAAACAAAGUCAGGCGAGUCGUAAUGCUGGAUUUGGUGUUGCAGUAUUUGGAAAUCCACAGAAACUUCAAGAUUCCCCACAAACGCGAAAGCAGGUCAUUCGCAGCCAUAAAAUCGUGGAGUUGUCAGGACCUGUUGUCGUGCGGUCUGGUGGGCUAGCUUCCUCCUCUUCUUCUAGUGCAAAGACACCGUCGUCCAGGUCGCAGAUAGAAACGCAGAAGCAUGGGCAAAAAACGUUAGGAGUUGACGACGAGGACGACUGUUUUCUUGGCGCAGAGACAAAGAGCAACAAUACAGGGGAGUUGACCGGUUUUGCGGAAGCUUUACUUUGGGUGUGCGCCUUUGGAUCACACCACGUGGGAAGUAGUUCUAGUCCUGCAACUGUCUCUAAGCCGCGUGUCCUGGUGCUGUAUGACAGCGCAUAUGCAUAUAACGUGGGGAUCGGUAAAUGGAAAGCGGAAAAAAAUAAGAAGCUCGUGGCCACCUGUGUCGCUGUGUAUCAACGGGCUGAGACAGUGGCAUGUCAAACCUUGAAUUUCUGGCAUACUAAAGGUCAUAGCGGAGAAGACGGCAACGAGUUGGUGGACUUGCUGGCCCGUCGUGGUGGCGCAGGAAAAACGUUUGCUGCCGCGCCCUUCGGAUGGGGGCGAUGGUGCCCGUCUGCUAUUAGUACCACUACCAUAAAAAACGCUGUUCAGGAAGUCAACGCUUUCGUCCGACAUGCACAGUCGUCAUCCGCUUGAAGAAAGUGUACAACUGCUUUUACAUGCUCAACUUAAUUAGCAAAUCCAAAGAGCCUGAUGAUUCAUGUGACGAAUUGAAUUUGUUUUGCUUGAGACGAGAUUCACUACACUGUGCGAUCUUCUGAUUUUUCGAUCAUGGGAUAUCACACAAGCUGUUCUGAUGUGUUCAUUCAACAUUGAGAAGAGGACAGAGAGUCUCUACUCCGUACGAAGCUGAAAUAUAAGCCAAUGCAACACUACCAAGACCGAGUAU